AAUAUUUGAUUCAUACAAAUAGAUAUAGAAACCUAUAUGCUGAGAUAGAAAAAAAUUCCACAGUGGCUCAUGGUUUCAGCUAUCUAUAUACUAAAUGGGCCCCUUGUCGAUACCCAAAUACUGCAUUUUGAACUUCUUCUACAUAGAGGGUACCAUAACGAUGUUCCCGAUGAAUCAUUUAUAUUAUCCGACUUUGACGCAGCAUAUAAGAGAUUGAAGCCAGAAGAGAGAUGUCCGUUUAUUUUUUCGAAUGGAAUCAGCUAUACUUAUAUUCAAUGUGAUAAUAAUAUAUUUAUCAUGGCGGUUUCACGAAGUAAUAUUAAUGUAAUGUCGAUUAUUACAUUUCUUCAUAAUUUUUAUCGAAUACUAUUUCAGUACUUGUGUGUAAAGCCUAAAAGCCUUACUGAAUUUUCUAAUAAAGAGGAUCAGAUAUUAAAUACUAUAUUAAGGCUAGAUAAAGAUCGAAUCAUUGAUAAUUUUGUGAUAAUAUAUGAACUACUAGAUGAAUGCAUGGAUUUCGGAGUGGCUCAAUUGACUGAUUAUAAUAUUUUAAAAGAAUAUAUUAAGGUUGAAACGAACUGGGCUAAGUCCACAUCACAAAUCCUCGAUGAUGGCAAUGAAUAUGAACUGUCAGAUUCAAAAUCCGAUGACGAAUUUAAUGAAAAGUAUAAACGAGAUAAAAAGAAAAAUUCUAAAGCACAUCAAAAGAAACUUAAAAAUAUCAAAUCCACCCAUAACCAAGCAAUUAAAACCGAUGUACUUGAAUCAAUAGACACAAAGAUAAAUAGUUCAAUUUUAAGAACAGCGGCUCUGAAUAUAAGUUGGAGACCCAAGGGAAUCUUUUAUGCCAAAAAUGAAAUUUAUAUUGAUAUCAUUGAAAAUUGUGAAUUUUAUUACGAUUUAGAAACUGAAAUCAUCAAAAUAAAUGAAGUCCACGGGACGUGUGUUGUCAAGUCACUUCUCUCGGGAAUGCCGACUUGUAAAUUGGGAUUUAACGAACAUAAUAUAUCAAGAAUUGGUAAUGAUGAAACGUAUGAUGAGGAAAAUGAAACUCAUGAUUCAAAUUCCAAAAGAGAAGAUAAUCAGUUAAAAGUAGAACCCGAUGAAGAAGAGGAAGAUGAACAACAAGAGGAAUUACUUUCGGAAAAAACUAAGAAACAAAGAAGAAGAAUACCUAUUCGAAACGUACAAUUCCAUCAGUGCAUAGAGCUCGGAUCAAUUUAUAAGGAUAACUUAAUUUGCUUUGUACCACCUGAUGAUAACUUUACUCUAUUGACGUAUCAAGUGGAGCAAGAAAAACAAAGACGUAAAUUACCGUUGAUUAUGAUUAAACCAACUUAUAGAAUCCACCGGAUAACGAAAAAGCUUCAAGUGCUUUGUGUUUUAAGCACGAAUUUCAAAAAGAAACUUCAUUGUAAUAAUUUACAAAUUCGUUUACCAAUAAAUCCAUCACUUUUCCCCAUAAAGUAUGAUAAUCGAAAUCAAACAGACGAUUUGAAAUAUAAAUCCGAACUUGGGGAUGUAAGUUACAAAGUUGAUGCAUCCGAACUUAUAUGGAAUAUCGAUCAAGUCAAUGGUGCUAGAAAGUCAAUAAAAAUGAUGGCUGAAUUAUCCUUGAAUGAAAUAAAUCACCUUGAAUCUUUAACCACAAUCGAUCAGUCUUUGCUAAGUAACUUGAUGCAACCAGAUUCAAACGACAAAGAUAGUGAUACGGAAGAAUACGAUACCAAAAAGGAAUUAGACCAAUACUAUGGGGUCAACGGGGUAUCGUCUUCACUGUUUGAUAAACUACAAAAAAAAUUGAAGAGAAAAAAAGAUCACAACCAUGUAAGCUUACGUUUCAGUAUACCGAUGCUUGCAUACUCAGGCUUAAAACUAAAUUACUUGAGAGUCGAUGAAGAAUCAAUGAAGUAUUCUUGCUUUCCAUGGGUAAGAUACGUUACACAAUCGGAAUCUAAUUUCGGACUAGACUCUAAAGUAGAUGAAAUCUCGAGAAACGAUAAGAGUUGUAACUAUAGAUUUAAACUAGGUUCCAAUUGCUUUCAGUUAUUCUAA